AUGGAUGGGUUCGACCAUUCUACUGCUCCACCAGAAUACAACGAGCUAAAAUGGCUCGCCGAUAUCUUCGUUAUCGGAAUGGCUGUUGGCUGGGUUGCUCACUAUGUGGAGAUGAUUUACACAUCGUUCAAGGACCAAACAUACUGCAUGACCAUCGGGGGCCUUUGCAUCAAUUUUGCCUGGGAAAUCAUAUUCUGCACAAUGUAUCCUGCCAAAGGGUUUGUCGAGCGGGUUGCCUUUCUCAUGGGAAUUUCUCUCGACCUUGGGGUUAUUUACGCGGGAAUCAAGAAUGCCCCAAAUGAAUGGCGCCACUCUGCAAUGGUGAGGGACCAUAUGCCCCUUGUCUUCGCAGCGACGACACUUUGUUGUCUGAGCGGUCACCUGGCUCUUACUGCCCAGGUUGGUCCCGCACAAGCCUAUACGUGGGGGGCAAUUGCAUGCCAGCUCUUUAUCAGCAUAGGGAAUGUGUUUCAAUUGUUGAGUCGGGGAAACACACGAGGGGCGUCAUGGACGCUAUGGAUGUCCAGGUUCUUUGGGUCAACAUCAGCCAUCGGCUUUGCCCUUGUUCGAUAUAUUCGCUGGUGGGAGGCUUUUUCCUGGCUGAACUGCCCGCUUGUGUUAUGGUCCGUGGCCAUGUUCUUUCUGUUUGAAAUUCUGUAUGGAGCGUUAUUCUAUUCCGUCAAGCGACAAGAAGGAAGAUCCCAGCGUGGAAUCAAGCACAAGGAGAGGUAG